AUGCCCUUAAAAAAGGCAUUUGGUGAUGAUUAUCUGUUUUUUAAUAUCCUGAAAUCGUCAUCAGAAUUUACAGGGACCCUGCCUGCAAACGGGUUGGGUUUAGAUCCAGACCUGUUUGGCCGGGAUAUUGACAAUGUUGGACGUGAACCCGUGGUUUUCAGUGUAUGUGAACAAAUAUGGUACGAUUGGUUUUUGAGUAGUGUAACUGUAGGAGACAUGGAGGAUAAUGAGAGUAGUAACAACACUAGUGUGGAGAAAGAAGAGGAAGAAGAAGCAGAGGAGGAGGUUCUCAAGAAGAAAAUCUCUAACCAUCCUUUGUAUGGACUUCUGGUUGAUACUCACUUGGAAUGUUUAAAAGAGGCAUACAGUUGUGCGCUAAGAGAGUUGAAAGAAGCAUUGGAACAACCACAGAAAGAGGCAAUAGCUUGCAUCGAUAGCAUUCAAGCACAGCUGAGGGAGUUAACCAUAUGUGAUACUGUUGCACCCGAUCAUCAUCAACCUUCCACCUCAUCUUCAGUUGAUUCCAGUAAUGAUCCAAGACUCCAAGUUGAGUAGAUUGGAACAGGACCGCCAUUUUGGGUUUUAACUGUUUUCUAUCUAAUAUCUAUGUAUAUGGAAGAAACGAACAGUUAAUCGAGCGGGAGUGGGCCGGGCAGUUUGCGCGGCCCAACCUAAGAUCAACAUUUUGUGUAACAAGACGAGUAUUUGAA